AUGUCGAAUAUGGAAUCCGUCCCCAUGACCGUCUUUGCACUCAUGCCUUUGCUCGCUGUCGCGUUACAUGAAUUUGUUCUACGAAGAGUCGAGGUUGACCACCUGGCACUGCCUAUUAUCGUCGGGUCGUGUACCGCCUACUGGGUCUUGGGCUAUUACACUGGCUUCGUUACCGCAACUUUGGUAGCCACGAGCUUCUGGGCUACACUCUGGGUUUACAUUGGAGUCUAUCGCGCAUUCUUCCAUCCGUUGAGGGACUUUCCUGGCCCGGCUGGUGCAAAGCUAUCAAGAUGGUGGACACUCAAGCAGGUGUGGUCUAGUAAGCUUCACUAUCAUCGCGUCUUGCAGCAGUUACAAGGAGAAUACGGUGACUAUGUGAGGACAGGGCCGCGCGAGCUUUCGAUUUUCGAUCCUGCUGCAGUUCAACAGAUCCUCGGCUUUCAUAGUAAAACGACAAAAGGACCAUUCUACGAUGUCAUGGAACGGUCUCUGCAUCUUAACCGCGAUAAAGCCUUUCAUCGUCAGCGACGCAGGGUCUGGGAUAACGCAAUGAAGACUUCAUUGAACGCUUUUGCCCCUCGGAUCGAGCAGUUCACGGACCAGUUGCUGAUGCGACUGCGGGGUGAAGAGGGAAAGCUUGUGCCACUUUUGGAGUACACAACAUAUUACAGCUAUGACACAAUGGCUGCGCUAGCUUUUGGCAAGCCAAUGGGCUUCAUCAAAGGCCAGCAGAGCGAUGUCGCCGCAAGUAUUCUGGCAACCUUUACCAAUGGUGUCAGAGCAAUGGGCUACAUGUACCAUAUGCCGUGGUUGAUGAAUGCUUUGUCGGUCCUGACAUCGGUGGCUGGGCCGAUGAAGGAGUGGCGAGAUUGGAGUGUCAGCCAAAUGAAGCAGAGAAUGGCUCUCAAAGAUAACAAACCGGAUCUCAUCUCCCAUCUCAUCGCUGCAACACCCAACAACGCUGCUGGCCGCGAUCUCCUCUAUGGCGAAUCCCGACUCAUCAUCAGCGCCGGCAGCGAAACCACAUCCACGGCCUUGACCUUCAUCUUCAUGCAGUUGGCAACGCGCCCAGAAAUCAUGCGUGCCGUCCGCAAAGAAUUUCACGACAACGCCAUGGACUACAACUGCCAGAAGCCGCUGCCCCUCCUCGACGCCGUAAUCCAUGAAUCCAUGCGCCUCUGGCCCUCCGUCUUCUUUGGCGCCCAACGAGUGACGCCCCCUGAGGGCCUCACUAUUCAUGACCGCUUCAUCCCCGGCAACAUGAUUGUGCAUAUGCCCCAUUUUCCCAUGUACCGUGAUCCCCGCAAUUUCAUUCAGCCGGAUGAAUUUAUUCCUGAGCGCUGGACUACGAGGCCAGAGAUGGUGCUGAAUAGACAGGCCUUUAUGCCGUUUUCCACGGGCCCGUACAGCUGUGCGGGCAAGGGACUGGCCAUGAUGGAGUUGAGGAGUGUGACUGGGAGGGUGGUGAGUGAGUUUGAUGUUGUGUUACCGGAUGGGUUUGUGCCGGAUGCUUAUUGGGAGGGGGUUUUGGAUCAUUUUACCGCGGGGCCGCCGAGGAGAGAAGUCAGGAAUUGGCUGAUUGCGUUGAUGGGGUUGAGUGCCGGGAGGAUCGUUAAUGGUCAAGGGCACAUGAAAGUUAUCGGUGGCAUCUUUUGGCGCGAAUGCUUUGAAGUUGUAUCGAUGCAAAGUUGGCUCGUGCUCGUUCCAACAUCGGCUGUGCUUCUUCCUGGGCAAUUAUAUCGAGGACUUCUGCUGCUGGCUCCUCUGCUAUCCCUAAAAUCUGGUUACAUUGCCGAUGGCUUCCAGGCUCUAGCUAUAUUCAGCACCUUGGCCAGCCAGACUGGAGUUCUUAUUCUUAUUCGGGUUCCUCGUCGUCUUUGUGUGGGAUAUGAAACAGCGAGCAUCUCCCUUCUCUUUCGUUCCUGA